UAGCUAUGAUGAAGCAAGACUUAGAAAAAAAACUUCUGAGAAUUGACUGUGGGGAGCAUAUCAAUUCAAAAAGAGAAAAUUAGAGGAAGCGAGUUCUUCUAGUUCUACAGUUUUGAUGAAGCACUUGCAUAGACAUGAGAAAGAAGUGAUUAAUGGCUUCAUCGUUGAUCCUUCACAGACGACUCUAGCCAAGUGGAUUUUUACGCAUUAUCCGGAAACUGCAGUGCAUGUUCAGUCGCAAGACCUAGCGCUUAGGACGAAAGACAUGAACGUUCUCCUUGAUAUCUUCGAGACACUUUCCUACAAGAAGUCGUGUGAUAUAUCUGAGGCUCAGCUACGCCAUGUUUCAGAUAAUUUGUCUUAUUUGAAACGCGCAGGUUUUAAGGUGGAAUGGUUAAGGGCAAAGUUUGAUGAUGUUUCUUUGAAUGCUUGUGAAGCAAGGAUUGUAAAACUCAAGGAAGAGGUCAAAAAACAGGAGCAGAUGGUUUCCUAUCUCAAAGAUAUGCUGAAAUACGAAGAGGCCAAGUUGAAGAAGCUAUAGUUAUUUAGUUUCUCAUUAUUUCUUGUUGCAAUCUCCUAUAUGCAAUUUCGAUUUAGAUUCUUGUUUUAAUUUUUUGGUUAGUUAGAAUUAUCUUGUUUUUUUUUAAUUUCUAAAUUUAUUUUUAAAAAUCAAUAUAAUUCACUAAUUUGAUUCCGAAUUUAUCUUGAAUUUGCAAACUAAUUUAAAUUUAUUUUCCUACCUAUAUAUGCGUAAACAUUAAUAUAUAACAAAGAGAAUAUUUGGUUACAUAGCUAUCUUGAAGCAACGAGUAGUGUAAAACUUUUCCUGACCAUUUUACCAAUCGAUUUCUCAAGUGAUGGGCAACCAAUUACAGAGACAAAGAAAGGUAACUGCACAUGGCUUCAUCAUUGCUUCUUCGAAGGUGAAGUUAGCAAACUGGAUUUUUCAGACAUACCCAAAUACUUCAGCUAAUGUUAAAUUGCAAGACGAUGUGCUCAGGACAAGAUACAUGAACCUUCUAUUCAGCGUCAUCAAGAGACUUUACCACAAACCUCUGAGUGAUCUCACAGAAGAUGAAUUGAGCAAAGCUUCCCAGGAGUUGUCUGAUGUGACACAAGCUGGUUUUAAUGUGGAAUGGUUGGCUUCAAAGCUUGAGAAGGUGACCUUGGAGAAGAAGACUUCUGAAGAUCGGAUUCGGGAACUGGAAGAAGAGCUCGAAAAACUUAAGCUAACCAUGUCAGAGGAGAAGGUCAAGUUGAAGAAGCAACCAUCUUGGAUCACCAAGACAGAGAUACCUAUUUCUCCUUAAGUUAAUUUUAAUUUGUUUGAUUUUUUAGUUUUUUUCAUAUCUAUUUUUCAUGUUUCUUUUCUCAAAUAUAUCCCUAGAUUUUAUUUGAAUCUAUCCAAACCCUAUUAAUAGUGUAAGAUGAUAUGAUAUAUAUAUCUAAAUCCUACCUUGCCAGACACGGUUUAAUUAGGGUCUCUUGGGUUUCUUCAUGGAUGGCUUGAAAUUUACUGGAUUUUAAUUUAAGAUGAAGUGGACCACUAAUAGGUUAAUGUGCUAAGUGUGAUGUAGAUUGCUAAAGAAAUUGUCCAAAGACACAUGAACAGAAACAGAUAGAAGUGGAGUUUGAUUUAUUCUUCACACACAUAUUAGUAUUGAAUCAUAUGAGGAACUCACAUGAAUGAAUGGUGCAUUUCACAGGAUUACAAGACUAAACACACAUUCAACACAAACAGAAAGAAAUUAAAGACACUAAACCAAACCUAACCGGAAACAAAUGAAACAAGGCUAGACAUAGGCAAAAGCCCGGCAAAAGAGAGAGUAAGAUAGUAUAGUAACAAUGAUAAUAAUCUGCUGAUUCC